GCAGUUUGUGCUGCGGGCAGAUGAGGGAAACGUCAGUGACCGAGAGCAGCAGCAUGGGAGGAAGCAGCGUACAUUGCAGGGGAAUUCUCAACAGCUCGGAGGAGGCCGUGUAGCACACAAGGAAGGAUCUGUCUGGGCUGGUUGGGGAUGAACUUCCUCUCUGGAUGCCGGAACUGUAUGUGCAGUAGUGCUAAGGCGAAGCAGCAGCACAGAAUAUCCGGCGGCAGACCCCGCGCUGCUGAGCCCAGGGGGUGGCCGGACAUGCGGCGACUGUGACAGAGGACACUGGCGAUCAGGAUGUGGCUGAAGCCCGAGGAGGUUCUGCUGAAGAACGCGCUGCGGCUAUGGGUCACCCACAGCUCCAAUCAGUACUUCAUCCUGCAGCGCCGCCGCGGCCAUGGGGACAGUGCGGCCAAGUUCACCGGUCGUCUGGUGGGUGCCCUCGAUGCUGUACUGGAUUCCAGUGCCCGAGUUGCUCCAUUUCGGAUACUGCUACAGGUCCCUGGAUCUCAAGUUUACUCGAGCAUUGCUUGUGGUGAGUCAGAGGUGUACUGGGCCCUAGCAAUUGGAGCCACUAUGGAAGAGAUCACUCAGCACUGGGAUUGGCUGGAACAGAACCUGCUUCACACAUUGUCCGUGUUUGACAACAAAGACGACAUAGCUAGCUUUGUCAAAGGAAAAAUAAAAGGUCUCAUUGCAGAGGAGACGAGCAGUAAGUUGGCGGAGCAAGAGGAGGAUCCUGAAAAAUUCCGCGACGGGUUGGUAAAGUUUGAAAGCAGAUUCAACUUUCCAGAGGCUGAGAAGCUGAUAACUUUUUAUUCUUGCUGCUGUUGGAAGGGCCGAGUGCCACGGCAAGGCUGGCUGUACCUGAGCAUCAACCACCUUUGUUUCUACUCCUUCUUUCUGGGAAAAGAAUUGAAACUUGUGAUCCCCUGGGUGGAUGUUCAGAAACUUGAAAGGGCGUCCAAUGUUCUUAUGGCAGAUAUCAUCCUAGUCCAUACACGUGGGAAGGAGCGCGAGUUCUCGAUGUUCCUGGAUAUCAAUGAGGUGUUCCGUAUAAUGGAGCAGCUCGCAGAUGUGACCAUUAGGAGGCUCCUGGACAAUGAAGUCUUUGAUUUAGACCCAAAUUUGCAACAAUCCACACACAUCACUAAGAGGGAUCUCGAAGCAAGGGCUCAGAAGGAGUUUUUUCGAGCCAUGUUCAAGCUGCCAAGAACAGAGAAGUUGUAUGAUGUUGUGGAUUGUUCUCUUUGGACGCCCUUCAACCGGUGCCAUACGCCUGGCAGGAUAUAUACUUCUGACAGUUAUUUGUGCUUUGCCAGUAAAGAAGACGGAGUAUGUAACGUUAUCAUACCUCUUAAAGAGGUAGUAAGUGUGGAGAAGAUGGAGGACACCAGCCUUCUGCCUACUCCUAUUAUUAUCAGCAUAAGGCAACAGAUGGCUUUCCAGUUUAUAGAGCUGAAAGACAGAGAGAGUCUCGUUAAUGGUUUACUCCUCAGACUUGAGCAAAUCAACACCAGCACAGUGAUUGUGAGAAACAAAGAUAUGGUGUUUGGUAAAGAAGGUUUCGGAAAUAUGAACAUACUGGGUAAUCAAAAUGUGGAAGGUGGAAUUGAGAAGGAGAAGCUGUCGGCAAAUGCAGAAGCCUUGAUGGCCACUUUUCACCAGACGGGAACUGAGAGCCCUGAUACUGGAAUGACACGGGAGCAGAUAAAGGAGCGUUUGUGGAUGGAUCAUUUCGCUGAGUAUGGGAGAACAGUUUGUAUGUUUCGCACAGAAAAAAUCCGAAAGCUUGUUGCCAUGGGAAUACCUGAAUCCCUUCGUGGAGAAUUGUGGCUUAUAUUUUCAGAUGCAGUGACGGAUCUGGCCACUCACCCAGAUUACUACACAAAGCUGGUGGAAGAGUCGAUGGGCAAGUGCUGCAUGGUGACUGAAGAGAUAGAACGUGAUCUCCACCGCUCUCUACCUGAGCAUCCAGCCUUCCAGAAUGAGACUGGCAUUGCAGCUCUCAGGAGAGUACUCACUGCCUAUGCCUAUAGGAACCCCAAAAUAGGAUACUGCCAGUCCAUGAAUAUUCUGACCUCAGUCUUACUUCUAUAUGCCAAGGAGGAAGAGGCAUUUUGGCUAUUAGUAGCAGUAUGUGAAAGGAUGCUUCCAGAUUAUUUUAAUCACAGAGUUCUUGGAGCUCAGGUGGACCAAUCCGUCUUUGAAGACCUCAUACAGGAGCGGCUUCCUGAACUGGCUGAACAUAUCACUGAUUUGACCACAUUGGCUUCCAUAUCCUUAUCGUGGUUCCUCACCUUGUUUGUCAGUAUUAUGCCCCUGCAGAGCGCUGUGAAUGUUGUGGACUGUGUCUUCUUUGAUGGUAUUAAGGCCAUUUUCCAGGUUGGACUGGCUGUUCUGGAUGCCACAGCUAUCGAUCUGUGCAACAGCAAAGAUGAUGGACAUGCACUUAUGAUUCUAAGCAGAUUUCUGGACCAUGUGAAGAAUGAGGAGAGCCCACUGCCACAGACUGGGAACUUGCAUAGUUUUUUGAACAAUGAGCAGGAGGCAUACCCUGUAACAGAGAUUUCAGAUUUAAUACGGGAUUCAUAUGAGAAAUUUGGCAACAGCUCUGUGGAACAAAUUGAGCACUUGCGUUGUAAACAUAGGAUCCGUGUUCUCCAAAACCACGAGGAGACUACAAAGCAAAAUGUUCUGCGAGUUGUUACACCGGAUGUUUCAUUUCUUCAUGAAGAUUUAGAAGACCUGUUUGACAUGUUUAAGAUGGAGCAUUUCAUCAGUUGCUACUGGGAAGGGAACUCCUCAUUACUUGAGCGCCAUGAUCCCAGAAGGCCCUAUGCAGAACAGUACAAGAUUGACAGUCGGCAAUUUGUGGACCUCUUCAGGCUAUGUUCUCCCUGGACAUGGGGUCCUCACACAGAGGUUUUAGCUGAAAGGAUGUUCCGUCUGCUGGAUGAAAAUCAGGAUAAUCUCAUUGAGUUCAAAUCAUUUGCUUGGUGUUUAGAUAUUAUAUACAAUGGGGAGAUGAAUGAAAAAAUCAAAUUGUUGUACCGACUUCAUAUAUCACCAGCUCUUACAGAGAAUGACCACGACUGUCAGUCACCACUGAAAGGGCCUCUUCUGUCAACUACCAGACCAUUGAAGCUUACAAAAGCAAAUAGCGGAGAAAAGGACUACCAAAAGCAACUAAAGCAGAUGCUUAAAGACUUGAAAAGAGAAAAGAAUAAAAACACAGAGAAAGAAUUACCAAAAAUGACCCAGAGAGAAUUUAUACAGUUUUGCAAAACAAUGUACAGCCUGUUUCAUGACGACCCAGAAGAAAAUGAUCUGUACCAAGCCAUUGCCACAGUAACAACCCUCCUCCUUCAGAUUGGAGAGGUUGGGCAACGCAGCAUUAGCAUAAGCUCAGGAAGCGCUUCAGAUGAAUAUGUAGAUUCAGAAAACGGUGCCGCCUCCUCAGACCAGGACUGUGUGUUCUCAGAGACCAAUAAUGCUCCACAGCAUCCUGCUCAGUCCAUACCACUGACUGAAUCAGACUGGGCAGUGUCUCUUGAACACAUAUUGGCAUCUCUCUUGACUGAGCAGUCAUUAGUGAAUUUCUUUGAGAAGCCAUGGGAACUGAAACCAAAGUUAGAAAGUGCUAAAAAUAAUCCGUACAGUCUAAAAACUAACGGAAUGAACCAGCUGUCCUCCAUUUCAUGCUGAAUCAAGAUUCAUUUAGUUGUUUUCUGGAUUUUAGAGUGUCUGGCAGCUAGCUUUCUGGGAACAGUUGUGUGCGGAAAGCACCUGUAUAUGAGAGAUGAUCAUUUUUAUAUUUAUAUAUUGUCCUACCAAUGAAUAGUCAACAAGCUGAUGGAAACCUCAAAUGACAUUACUUUGCAAUGUGAUGUAAUAUGCAUUGUCCUGAAGGCUUAAAGUGUUGGACACUCAAAAAUAAGCUGUAACAAACAGUUUCAUAACAUUUGCUUCAUGUAAAAAAAGGAAAAAUGACAGUUCUAAAACACUGUGUUUUACAUUGAAGACAAUGGAUUAGAACAAAGACACCAAGAUUAUAACAUUCUGCAUUCUUGAUUUACCAAAGCACACUGGGCAGUUUUGUAUUACAAUCUUGGCCGCGCUUAGUUCUUCCUAUGCAUAUAUUUGAAGCCAACUAGCAAACCCUAUAACUUCCAGGUAAAAGCUGACCAGGUUGUAUGGAGUGUCCAUUAAUGGCAUGCCAAAUAUUUCUUCUUGUAAAAAAUCCAUACAGGUUUAUGUCAUAUGUCCACUGUUUUGUAUAUGUGAGUUUCAAUUUUGUUUGUGUUUGCACUAAUAACGUUUCAAUGCUGGGAAUUGAAACUUUUAUUGUAUUUGAUUUGCAUUGGAAUUUGUAUGUCCUUUACAGAUGUCAAGUUGACUUACCUUGUGCUUUUUGUCUUGAUUUGUGAUAAGCUGCACUUUUCAAUAAACAUGUUUUUAUUACA